AUGGCCAAGCUGGCCCCCGCGUGCACCACCCUCUCGGCGCGCCCCGCCAUGCUGGCGCUGCUGUUGUGUAUGGCAGGGUCGGUGUACCUGCUGCAACUAGAGCUGCCGCAAGACAGCGCAUCGCUCGACGAUGCUCUUCACGACGCCCAUUCGCACGCCAACAAAGGGUACGGUGUCGCAGCAGCUGGGCUUCUUCCACGGAGAGGCACGCGGGGGGUGGCAAGCAGGGACUGCCGGCAGUCGCGCGACCGCUCGAGCUGUUCUGGAGAGCAUUACGGAGAGAGUAGAGAGGAAGAAUUGCUGGAAGCAUCAGUGGAGCCAGGGCACCUGCGAGCUGGGCAGGAUGGAAUUACUGCCUCAAGUGGGAGUGGGCAGGAAACGGGGGAUAGCAGCAAGUUUGGGGAAGGGCCAGCGGCAGCUAGCCAUGCUGGUAGGCAAGCGCAAGGCGCAGCGCCUCUCUGGCUUAGGGAGCCUGGCCGCAAGGGGGGGAGUGUAACUGGCAGUGCCACCAGUGGCCAUCAGCAACGAGCGCAGACUGAUGGUAUAGGAAAGGUGCACGGUAGAGCUAGUCAAAAGUCAACGGGUGUACAUGUUGGCUCGGAAGCAGUUGGGUCCACCGUUGUGGGUCCAACGGGUGAGCAAAAUCAAGUGACACGGAAGGAAGCUACUACAGAGUCAGGGCCCGCAGCACAGAGCUCAAGGGGUAGGAGCAUUCGCGGGCUGCAGGCGCAGGUGCAGCAGUGCAUUGUAGAGAGGGGAGGCGGCUUGCGCGCGGAGGCGGUGCUGGGGGAUCCCUGCAAGGUCCGCGUGAUGCACCCGCCUGGGGUGGCAGCUACAUGGGCGGACAGCAGCGGGGCGCAAAAGGAUGCGCGCGAGGUGGAGCUGGACGUGUGUGCGGUGGCGCGCUACUGGGCGGUGCUGCGCAACAGCAGCUUGGUCCUCACCAAGGAGUACCUUGAUGCACACAACGCCACAGCCGCAGUCAUGCACCGCAUGCGCCGCCACAAGAGCGACCCCGAUUCCUGGUGUCGCCCCAAGCGGUGCCUGCACAUUCUGCGCAGCCAGCUCCCCGACCGGCCGCCCUUGCCCCCCGGCUACUUCCCGCGGUGCGCUGUGGUGGGCAACUCGGCGGAUCUGCUGCACACGCGCUUCGGCCCCGAGAUCGACGGCCACGACGCAGUGUUCCGCAUGAACGCCGCGCCGACGCGUGGCUUCACCGCGCACGUGGGCGCCACGACGACGUUCCGCGUGGUGAACAACCGGGCGUGGGCGGUGGGCCUGGGGGCCGUCAGCGAAAGCGCGGCCGAAGUGCUGGUGGCGCAUGGGCUGUUCCACCCGGAUAUCUUCCAGGAGCUGCGCUACGGCCUGCCGCGCAAGAACAACGCCACCAGCGGGUUUGCCCAAGAAGAAGAGGAAGGGGAAAGCCGGGGGGGAAAGGAGGGCGCCGGCGGAAACGGGACGAGCCUCGACGAUGAUCUGCGGGACGAAAAUGCUUUCGGGUCCAAUUUGAAUCGAAGCUUGGGUAAACAAAGUAUGAGGUUGGGCCGGAACGGUACAAGAAACGGGGGAACUACUGGUGAGAAGUCUGGCGGGCUAGAGUCGGACGGCGAGGAGAGCGGUCCCGGCGAGUGGGGUCCGCCGCUGGCCAACCCGGUGCUGUUCCUGGACGGGGCAGCCGCGGGCGCGGGCGCGGCGGAGGGCACGGGCUUCCGCGCGCUGCAGCUGGCAGCGAGCGUGUGCGGUGCCGUCAGCCUGUACGGGUUCAGCGUGGACGUGGGGUACGCGCGCUGGGGCAAGUACUUCACGGCCCGCGACGGGCCGGGCCACGCGCCGCUGCGGGGGGUCAUGUACUACCAGGCGCUCGAGUGCCUCGGGGUCGUGUCCCUGCACUCCGCCGCCCGCUCAUCUCGCUCGCACGUGGCUCCACCUCCGCCGCUUCUUGCCGAUGUCCUUGCGGCGGUGCAGUCCGCCGAAAUUUCGAGACCGCCCUCGUCAUGCAGCCGUUGGGCGGCCGCAUUCACACCGCGGUCUCGCACCCGCACCUCAUGCAAUAGCCCCGUUGCGCUGCCGCUCAAGCCGGCCGCGAUGCGUGCUGCCAAGUUUGACGUGAUCGCGGGCCUGCACGUGCACGCCGGCAACAUGAGCGGCCUCUUGCGACCGCUUCGGGAGGACAACGGCGCAUCCGUAACGCGCUCCGCAAGCAUGCAAGAGGCCAUCCAUUCAGCAGCCUUGGAUGAUGCCCUCACCGACCUCAUCGAGAAGGACCUGCCUCGUGGGAGAGUGCAAAAAGCAGUCGACAUUGAACCGGGGCGGCUGCUACCGGUAACACGCUACUUGGAGCAUUUUGAUUGGACGCACCACGUGUGCGUCAUCAGACUUCCUGAAAAAAGCAACCGUAGAGCGUACGGAGACUUUGACGGCAUCAGCCACGGGCGAGAAAAGGCGGACCUACAACAGGUACUUGGACCGGAGGGCGGCGCCCGAAAGGACAACAAGACCCGACUCGGCACAACAUAUGGAAGUUCUGCGGAGGGCAGUCAAAACUUUGAUACAGUUAGCUUAGGUUGGCUGGUGCAUUACCAACCCAACUUGUGUUAGUGGACUAGUUGCUCGUGGACUUGGAAGGUUCAUUCAUGCAUCGACUAGCAGGGUUGGAUGUAAAAAGAGACUACCCAUGUCGUAAAAUCUCAAAAGCAUAUGAGACACCGUUACAACGCGUGAAUGUGGGGUGGCUGCGAACUCACAGGAAGCGGCACCGGAGUUGUGAACACUUUGCAAUAUGUUUGUGAGUCGAUCAAACGUUGAAACGUGUAGUCGUAUAAGGCAGCUGAGCCCAUAAAAAACAAGCUCGCAAAUCUAAUCAGUACGAGACAGAGGCAGACUUGUGUUGAUUGCGACUUGUAGAGCAACACAUUUGCUUGCGCGCAACUAGUUGAAACCGC